AUGGAGAACCGGCCGCCCCUCACAUCACCGGAUGGAUCCAGUAAGAGAAAUCCCCCAGAGAGAUGUCCCCGUCCUCUGUAUUCCCGGGACUCCACACAGGAGGAUCAGGAGAUCCCUCAGGAGGAUCAGGAGAUUCCUCAGGACGAUCAGGAUGAAGGUGUGAUUGUUGUCAAAUCUGAAGAAGAGCCAUCUGUGAGGGUUGAGGAUCCAUGUGAGGAGGAAGAUCCUCCAGAGAUCAGCACAGACUCCGGAGAUACUCAGAGAGACAUCAAAGCUGAGGAGGAGGAAGAAGGACAUGCAAGGAUUAAAGAGGAGGAGAUCCCUCCACAGAUCAACACAGAUCCUGUAGAUGUGAGAGAGACUCUGAGAGACGCCAAAGGUGAGAAAAGGACCCGAGUGAGGAUAGAAGAGGAGGAAAUUCCCAUAGAGAUUGGCAGAGGUAGACCUAGUAACAGUAAUACGCCGGAGAGAUGUCCUAGUUCAUCGGAGUCCCAGGAUUCUAUGGAGGAAGAUGAUGCAGAGGAAUAUCAGGAUACUAAUCUAGUUACUAUUGUAAAAGUUGAAGUUAAAGAGGAAGCUUACGAGUCCAAUGCGAGCGACGAUGAGCAAUGCAAAGAUGAGGAAUUUCCUCCAGCGAUCAGCCGAGAUGGAAAAUACAUCAGAAACGCACUGCAGCGUCCCGUUGUUUCUCCAGUUGGCGAAAUAGAUGACGACAUCACAUCUGACUCUUCCGAGGAAAACCCUGUUUCUCCGGCUCUCCAAGUCCAUCACGGCUCGGACCCGUCCUCCAAUACCUCGCAGACGAAGAAGCUGUAUUCGUGUUCCGAGUGCGGCAAAUGUUUCCUCCGCAGAUCCCGUCUCCUGAGGCAUCAAACCAUUCACACGGGAGAGAAGCCAUUCUCGUGCCCUCAGUGCGGGAAAUGUUUCACCCAAAAAGGAGGCCUUGCCCGCCAUGAAAUAACGCACGUAGAAAAGAAGCCAUAUGCAUGCAGCGAAUGCGGCAAGCGCUACAGUCAGAAAACGUAUCUCGCCGUCCAUCAACGGACUCACGCCCCAGAGAAGCCGUUUUCUUGUUCUAAAUGCGCCGAGCGCUUUGCCGACAAAGAAACUCUUCUGGCUCAUCAGAGUACUCACAAGGGCCAAAAGCCGUUCUCCUGUUCUGAGUGCGGCAAAUGGUUCUCUUACAAAUCGCUUCUCGUUAGGCAUGAACGAAUUCACACGGGCGAACGGCCUUACUCGUGUUCCGUGUGUGGGAAAGGAUUCAUCGAUAAGCAGGGACUGGUGACUCAUCAAAGUACUCACUCCAGUGACAGGCCGUACUCGUGCCCUCAGUGCGGGAAAAGCUUCACCAAUAAGUCAAACUUGGCCGGACACAGGAGAAUCCACACGGGGUAUCAGCCCUAUUCCUGCUCCGAAUGUGGGAAGCGGUUUUCAAAGAAAUACACGCUCAUCAAACAUCAGAAGCUUCAUAAGUGACUUGAUGUGCCUUUGGAAGGAAGCCCAGCAGAGGUCCUUCCACAUUUACCACUCAUCUUCUGCUGGA